UGUACAGUCUGCAGGUGGAGGUUCCUAUAAGGUGUCAGGACGUGGCGGUCUAUUUCUCCAUGGAGGAGUGGGAGUAUGUAGAAGGACACAAGGAUCAGUACAAGGAUCAGGUCAUGAUGGAGGAUCAGCAGCCCCUCACAUCACCAGUCAGAUCCAGUAAGAGAACAGCACCAGAGAGGUGUCCCCGUCCUCUUCUUCCACAGGAUGAUCAGGGUGAAGAUCUGAACAAUAUUAAUGCUCCAGAGACAGAUGUGAGUGGUGAUAAGCAGUAUAAGGUGAACUUUCCUACAGAGAAAGAUCUGAUCUAUAUUAAUGCUACAGACAUAAAGGAAGAAGAAGAGACAAAUGUGAGCGGUGAUGUACAGUAUAAGGAGGACAUUCCUACAGGGGAAGUUCUUAUCUAUAUUAAUGCUCCAGAGACAAAUGUGAGCCGUAAUAAGCAGUAUAAGGAAAACAUUCCUACAGGGAAAGAUCUGAUCUAUAUUAAUGCUAAAAACAUAAAGGAAGAAGAGGCAGAUGUGAGCAGUAAUAAGCAGUAUAAGGAGGACAUUCCUAUAGGGAAAGAUCUGAUCUAUGAUCAUACUGCAGACAUAAAGGAAGAACAAGAGACAGGUUUAAACUGUGAUGAGCAGUAUAAGGAGGAUAUUCCUACAGGGAAAGAUCUGAUCUAUAUUAAUGCUACAGACAUAAAGAAAAAAGAAGAGACAGAUGUAAGCGGUGAUGAACAGUAUAAAGAGGACAUUUCUACAGGGAAAGAUCGGAUCUAUAUUAAUGCUACAGACAUAAAGAAAGAAGAGACAGAUGGGAGUGGUAAUGAGCAGUAUAAGAAGCACAGCCCUACAGGGAAAGAUCUGAUCUAUAUUAAUGCUACAGACAUAAAGGAAGAAGAAGAGACAGAUGUAAACGGUGAUGAGCAGUAUAAGGAGGAUAUUCCUACAGGGAAACAUCUGAGCUCUAUUAAUGCUACAGACAUAAAGGAAGAACAAGAGACAGAUGUGAGCAGUGAUGAACAGUAUAAGGAGAACAUUUCUAUAGGGAGAGAUCUGACAUAUGCUACAGACAUAAAGAAAGAAGAAGAGACAGAUGUGAGCAGCGAAGAUCAGUAUAAGGAGGACAUUUCUGCAGGUAACUGCCCAGAUUCUUGUAGCAGGAGAUCAGAGGAGAAUCUUAUAUCUUCAGAUUAUAAAGCAGAUGAUGAUAUCACACAAGAUACAUAUGAAGAACAUUCCAUUAUCCCAGAUACACCCUCAGCCCUUCACAGCCAAGAUCUGUCAUCUCAUCCUUAUAUACAGGUCCUGUCUUCUCAGUCAUCACAGAAAGGUCACAGAAGGGGUGUUGGACAUCAACGAGCUCAUACAGGAAAGAACCCAUAUUCAUGCUCAGAAUGUGAGAAAUGUUUUACUUCUAAAUCAGAUCUUGUUGUACAUCAGAGAACUCACACAGGAGAGAAGCCAUUUUCAUGUUCACAUUGUGGAAAAUGUUUCACUCAGAAAUCGCAUCUUGUUGGUCAUGAGAGAACUCACACAGGAGAGAAGCCAUUUUCAUGUUCAGAAUGUGGAAAAUAUUUUACUUCUAAAACGUGGCUUGUUCAGCAUCAGAGAACUCACACAGGGGAAAAACUGUUUUCAUGUUCAGAAUGUGGGAAAUGUUUUACUUCUAAAUCACGGCUUAUUGAACAUCACAGAACUCACACAGGUGAGAAGCCAUUUCCAUGUUCAGAAUGUGGGAAAUGUUUUACUAAGAAAUCAAAUCUUGUUGAACAUCAAACGGCUCACACAGGAGGGAAGCCAUUUUCAUGUUCAGAAUGUGUAAAAUGUUUUACUUCUAAAUCACGGCUUGUUAGACAUAUGAAAAUUCACAAAGGGGAGAACCCAUUUUCAUGUUCAGAAUGUGGGAAAUGUUUUACUUCAAAAUCAAAUAUUAUUGAACAUCAGAGAACUCACACAGGGGAGAAGCCAUUUUCAUGUUUAGAAUGUGGAAAAUGUUUUACUAAGAAAUCAAAUCUUGUUGAACAUCAAAUAACUCACACAGGUGAGAAGCCAUUUCCAUGUUCAGAAUGUGGGAAAUGUUUUACUCGGAAAGCACAUCUUGUUGUACACCUACAGAAAUGUCUGUUAUACAAAAUGCAAACAGAAUCCAAAUAACACAUCUGUAUAUACGUCACCAGGUACUAGAAUAUUAUACAUUAAACCUUGUUACAAAUGUUUAAUACUGUAAUUUCUAUUCCAGCGAUAUUAUUCACUU